AUUUCGGGUUGCCUUUGUUGGGGCGAUACACACGCUAAUGUAGAACCAUUUUAGGGCAAAUUCUGUGCUUUUUCAACGGUAAAUAAAGCAAAUGCGAAGUCCGAAAUAAAAGUGAAGCGGAACCUUUGACGUACAAACAAGGAGGCGGUGGGAUUCACUGAGCAACACAGGAAACACGCAUUGAAUUUUUGGAAGGGAAGGAAUAUUGAGUUUCCUCACCAAAAUACUGUCUUAUCAUUAUCGUAUAUCAAAUCAUUGAUUCAGUUAGCAUAAAAUCAUACUACUGAUCCCGCUCCUGUUUAUUUGGUAAUAACAAGUCAACAAAGAUGCUGAUUAAAGUGAAGACACUCACAGGCAAAGAGAUAGAGAUUGACAUAGAGCCCACAGAUAAGGUGGAGCGGAUUAAAGAAAGGGUGGAGGAGAAAGAAGGGAUCCCUCCACAGCAGCAGAGGUUGAUCUACAGUGGAAAGCAGAUGAACGAUGAGAAAACAGCGGCAGACUAUAAAAUCCAGGGAGGCUCUGUUCUCCAUCUGGUACUUGCUCUGCGAGGAGGACAGGCGCUUCGCUCUCCCAGAAGCCUAUACCUCAAGCCUGCAUUGUAGCCAUCAUUUGGAAACAUGCCUUAGCCUUUGCGAUGCCUACACUAAGUGGAUACACCGAAGAUGCACAGCCACAGGUUGUGGAGUCACUGGGCGGCAUUGUAGGCAACACAGAGCCAUUGGUAGAAAGAGUUAGAUCAGGUUCUACUUGUGGCAGCUACUUCCCUACAGCCAAAUAUGUGUUGGCUGCAAACACUGCCCCCACUGUAACAUUGCCAUGGCCAAUGUUACAUCUUCUGUCCCGGCAGAAAAGGCAAAGUUUCUUUCAGAAUUAAACAAAGCUUUGGCUAAAGAUUUACAACCCAGAGCUAAUUUUGGCUGCUACAGAAAACUACUUGAACUACAGUGUUCAAGCCAUUCUCUGUCUGCAGCUCUGCAUGUAAGCACAGAGGUUGCCUUUGUUCCACUGAUGAUAAAACAGAUAACUGUAGCUUAAAGACGCUUCAAGGAAACCCAUCCUUGGAUUAUAGCCUUUGCCUUCAGUGUGACACAAACUGCGGUUUACUUUUUCUGCUUCAUCCAUGUUUUAUUCUGUUCUGCCCCAACUCACUUAGUGUAAUUAUCUGGGUGUAUCAACAUAUCAAAAGUUAUUUUUUCUUGCGGAGCACCCAUGUAGCUCAGUUAGAUUUGUGAUAGAUGGACAACAGUUUGUUUAAAAGAAUAGUUUGACAUUUUGGGAUAUACACAUAAUUGUUUUUUGGCAGAAAGUUAGAUGACAGGAUUUAUACCACUCAUAUUUGUUAAAUAUAAGGCUACAGCCAGCAUCUGGUUUGCUUUACUUAGCACAAAAACUGAAAAGGGGAAAACAUCUAACCUGGCUCUGUCCAACACAAGCUAAAUCCUCCUACCAGCAGCUCUAAACCUCACUUAUUAACAACUUGUAAAUUGUUUGUUAAUCCAUACGAAAAACGAAGUUUAAAAUGACAAUUUGCUGCUUCACGGAGGGUUAUGUGCUGGACUUUUUCUUGGCUCUGAAUCGUAGGAAGUUACUGCUCCCAGCCAAGAAAUAGUCCAGUACAUAGCCCCCUGAAAAACAGCAAAUUGGGGUUUUUACACUUCGGUUUUUGUACGGAUUAAACAGUUGAGAUAUGAUGUGUUAAUUACUGAUAUUUAGAGGUGCUGUUAGGCAGAUUUUGUUACUGUUGGACAGAGGCAGACUAGCCGUUUCCCCAUUUCCAAUCUUUGUAGUAAGCUUAGCUAAUCGGUUGAUGGCUGUAGCCUUAUAUUAAUGUGUAGCGUAGGUAUUUUUCAACAUGGACCCUAUUUUCCCGUGUUUUUGUAUCUAAGUGACUAAUUGGGACAGCAAUUUUUGAAAUUGGUCUAGAAUUGAGGGAGAGGGCUGCAGCUGGCCGCAGCUAAACUGGCUGCAAGGUAAUUAUCUGGGGCAAUUGCGCACCGUCAAUGUAUGUCCACUAAAAGUGCUUGUUUUUGCCUCUGACAGGUUCAGAUUGUUAUUAUAAAUGUCUGACAACAUUAUGGAAAGGAUCCCUAAAAAGGUAGACCUUUUUGUUAAAGAAUAAGAUACUUUUUGUUUAACCAGAAACAGCCGUAUAGCGCACCCCUCAAAGCCACCAGACUCCAUUGACAAAUACAGUAAUUUUAACUUGCAGCUCAUCGUAACAUCGUUACAUUUAAUUCAAACUCAACGGAAACAAAAUAAAACUCCACAAAACCAUCUUGGUUUGCCUUUUCACUGGU